CCGGGCGCGAUGGGGCGGUGCGGGAGCCGCCGAUGGGGCCAGCACCGGGAGCUGCGGCCCCGAGGGGAAUGAGGGAUCCUCCGGGGCCCGAGCCCGUCCGCCAUGGCCGCAGGCGGAUGGAGCUUGCUCCGCGCCGCCGCCAGGCACAGUUUCAGAGGCUCCCAUCUCCUCGCGCAUUCCAGUUCUCCGCACUCCCCAGCAGCUGCUUUUGCCCAAGCAGUGGAUCCUGGUUUAAGCUGGACCUGUGUAAGAGACUCUGUGAACCAUGGGUGCCGUGCUCCCGUGGGUACCAUCCUGCCCCAUCCACUGGCUGCAUCCCUACGGGCAUUCCACACCUCCAGCUGCUCACACCAGGAAGAACCCACAUCCCGCAGCGAUGUGACCCAUAAGGCUCAUCCCGACACUGCUCCAGACGCAGAGAGGCCCAAGGGGACAAGGUCUUUACGCCAACGAGUUGUGGGGGAACUGAGGCAUUAUUACAAUGGAUUCCACUUGCUUUGGAUCGACACGAAGGUGGCUGCCAGGAUGGUGUGGAGGCUGCUACAUGGCCAGGUCCUCACUAGGAGGGAGAGAAGAAGGCUGCUGAGAACUUGUGCAGAUCUCUUCCGCCUGGUUCCCUUCCUGGUGUUUGUCAUUGUCCCCUUCAUGGAGUUCCUGUUGCCUGUGUUCUUGAAGCUCUUUCCUGAAAUGCUGCCCUCGACGUUUGAGACCGAGUCAAAGAAGGAAGAGAAGCAGAAGAAGAGGUUAAACGCGAAGCUGGAGUUAGCCAAGUUCCUGCAGGAAACCAUUGCAGAGAUGGCCAAAAGGAACAAAGUGGAAUCAGCACAAGGAAAACAAUUCUCCUCUUAUGUGCACCAGAUCCGUCGCAGCGGCCACCAGCCCAGCACCCAGGACAUCGUGCGCUUCUCCAAGCUCUUUGAGGACGAGCUCACCCUGGAGCACUUGGAACGGCCUCAGCUGGUGGCUCUGUGCAAGCUGCUUGAGCUGCAGCCCAUCGGCACCAACAACCUGCUCCGCUUUCAGCUCCUGCUCAGGCUCAGAACCAUCAAGGCAGACGAUGAGCUGAUUGCCAAGGAAGGAGUCAAUGGCCUGAGUGUGUCCGAGCUGCAGAGCGCGUGCAGAGCCAGAGGGAUGCGGUCACUGGGUCUCUCAGAGGAGCAACUGAAGGAACAGCUCAGACAGUGGCUGGAUCUGCAUUUGAAAGAGAACGUUCCACCUUCUCUGCUCCUGCUUUCCCGUGCCUUGUACUUGAUAGAUGCAAAGCCACAACCUGCUCCAGUUCCCCAAAAGCAGAGAGGUGAAACUGCUCCAAUCUCGACAUCCACUCUCAAAGGCCAAGAGACCCUGAUGGAUCCUGCCCCUGUUGUACAGGGAGGAAAGGUUGGAAAAGAGCAAUCUCCGAGUAGGACAAUGAGGGUGAUGAAGGGGUUGUAUCCCAGCCAACAGAGCAAUUGCCAGGCUCAGAAGUGCCAGCAAAGCCUCCUCCACAAGAGGCUCAAAUGGAAGCAUCUCGGAACAGCAAAGCCGGUGCCAAUGGAGCAUAGCCUGGAGCCAGCGAGGACUGUGUGACACUGGGAGAGAAGCACUGUCCCCUCUGCCCCUCCUCAAAAGGAAAGAGGGAUUUUCCCAGAGGAUGCAUCACCCAAAGAGGGGGCAGCAGCCCU